CUGCCUACACUGACGAAUGUGUUUACUGUAGCUUUAAGAGUGCAGAUUGCUAUAACAGCUGAUGCCGUAGGGAGACGGUGACUUGCGAAGAACUGCUAGAAUUAGCAUAGUGAAUACUGGGCAUUAAGCUUUAAAUGAUCGUGCAUGUGCCAUAAACAAUCCAUAAGAAAAUAAAGCCCGCAGCAUGCUGAAGGGAUAAGUGUGAAGAACACGUUCAGUUCUGCAGACUGUCCUGUGAGGAACUGCCUACUGCAGCAUUAGAGUUACAGAGGAAAACGUGCUGAGACCAGGGUUAUUUGGGAUUUGUUCUGUGUUAUUACUGAAGUCUACUUCACUUUGGGCGAAUUGCACCUGAAUUACAAAAUAAGGUCAUUUUCACAAAAGAAUCCUUCUUUUAAAACACUGCGACAAAGCGUGACAUCUAUGGGACAAACCAUUGGCUUAACACCACGAGCCGUUUAUUAAACCGCAUCGUUACUAGGAGGAGGAGGCGGGUCCAAGAGCAAAACACGGCCACAUGAAGCUUAUAGCGCACAGGAUGGGAUGAUUCUUUGAGACUGAGACCAAAGGGGUCAGAGUAAAUUAAUGAAUUCCCAAUGCGGAGGGUUUUCUCCAGAAGAUAACGGUACGGAAUAGCGUAAUGCUCCAUGCGGAGUGAUCGAUGAAUGUCUGCGAACGAGAAUAACCGCAGUUUGGAAGAAAAGCAAUGGAGACCGGUCACGACCCGUGGUUGCCAUGGGUGAUAGUCUGUCAUGACUAUCUAGGCAAGAGGGUCUUCCAGGUUCCCCCAUCUACAGUGAUCAGGUACAUCAAGAGCCUGAUCUACCAAGAAACAGAUUAUCCUGUAUCUCAGCAGCAGCUGUUUCACAAUGGAAAACUGCUUCACGAUGGGGUUGAGAUUGGAAGCUUGGUGCCACAUGGGAGCCAUGAAAUAAUCAUGACGUUGCAUGGACAAGGCCUGAGAGGAGGAGGGAGGUUCGGUCAGACUACGCCACCUUUGGUCGAUUUUUUGAAAGAUAUUUUGAGAAGAUAUCCAGAGGGUGGACAAAUUCUAAAAGAGCUGAUUCAGAAUGCAGAGGAUGCUGGGGCCACUGAGGUCAAGUUCAUGUAUGACGAGACAGAGUAUGGAGUGGAAUCACUGUGGUCACAUGAUAUGGCUCAGUAUCAGGGAACAGCCUUGUAUGUCUAUAAUGAUGCCGUCUUCACCACAGAAGACUGGAAUGGUAUCCAGGAGAUUGCACGGAGUAGAAAAAGAGAGGACCCUCUUAAAGUGGGAAGAUUUGGUAUUGGAUUUAACUCUGUCUACCACAUAACAGAUGUUCCUAGUAUUUUCAGUGGGGAUCAAAUUGCGAUGCUGGACCCUCAUCAAAUGUUGUUUGGAGUCCGUGAGUCUGGGCAGUGCUGGAAUUUGAAGUCCGAUAUAAAGGAAAUAACCGAGCUCAAUGAUCAAUUUGCCCCUUACUUUGGCCUGCUCGGUAGCUCAGAGAAAACCAUUAAAGAUGGCAACUUUCCAGGAACCCUCUUUCGUUUUCCACUCCGAAUGAAACCCUCACAAUUAAGUAAUAACAUUUACAAUAAAGAAAAGGUUCUGGAGCUCUUUGAAUCAUUCAAAGUUGACUCAGACACUGUGUUGCUCUUUCUAAAGAGCGUGCAGAAGGUCUCUCUGCAUGUGCGGGAAUCGGAUGGAACUGAGCGGAUGCUUUUCCAGGUCACAGCAAGCGACAGUGAAGAAGAUAAGAUGGAACGGCCCAACUCUCUGAAGACCCUGGGACAGGCUAUAGAUAGCUACAGUAAUGGGGUGCUGAGCAGUUCGGUAACCUGUGCCACCUACCAGCUCUCCAUAGAAGUGCGGGAUGAAACUGCCAAAGAGACUCAGAAGACCACGUGGUUGGUGUGUAAUGGCGUAGGUGGGCGAGGCAUCUGCAGUGAACUGGAUUCUCUUGCUGAUGAUCUGAAGUUCAUCCCAACCAUUGGUAUUGCCUUGCCGCUUACGCUUAUUGAUGAGGACAAGGGGGCAACUUGUAGUUUCUCAGGACGUGCUUUCUGUUUCCUCCCACUGCCCCUCGGAGAAGAAAGCAUGACAGGAUUGCCAGUCCAUGUCAGUGGUUUCUUUGGCCUGACGGACAACCGCAGGAGCAUCAAAUGGCGGGAAGUGGACCAGUGGAGGGACCCUGCGGCUCUUUGGAAUGAGCUUCUCAUAGUCACAGUCAUCCCAAGGGCUUACUUCACACUCAUCAUGGAGACCAUCAGGAGAAUCCAAACUAAGAAGGACCAAGAUUUUCCCCUUUCCCCAAGAGGCAUUUAUGGAGCCUGGCCUGAUCCAAACAAGAUCCGACCUCGCUGGAAACCCAUUCUUGAGCCCCUUUACAAUGACUUGCUUCAACAGCCGGUCAUCUACUCGCUCAAUGGGAGCUGGGUUCAAGUGGAUGAAACCAUAUUCUCAGACUUGGACUCCAGCUUGGACACUACAGAGACUGUCAUCAAAUACCUCCAGAGCUCAGGGAUGAUACUGGCUCAGAUGCCAGCCUACAUCGAUGCAGUACUGACAAUGUUUGUCACCAAUCCAGGGAGCCUGAGGAGAGUGACCCCUUCUUUUGUGCGCCAGACUUUGAGGAAAUGUCGCCACAGAGGGUCCUCUAACGAGAAGCUUCUCCUGCUAGAGUUUAUCCUUAGUGAUGCCUGCUACAAUGACCUCAUUGGACUGGAACUUCUGCCUUUGCAGGAUGAGACAUUUGCUGUGUUCUCCUCUUCUGUGAACGACAAAGAUGCUGUCUACAUCGCCUCUGAGGAGUAUCCAAGGUCGCUUUAUCCAGGACUGGAGGGAAGAUUUGUCUUGGAAAGCAUUGCCCCACAUGUCAUGACCAGCCUGAAAGAAGCAGCCAAAAGCAGAGUUCAACAAUACCUUUGGGGUUGUUCAGGGAGGCCUUGCACUCAGGUUCAAGUGCUUACCCCAGAGAGAUCGGCACGCCUAAUUAAAGAAGUCCUUACCACAGCAUGGUCUUCUAGAGAUUUUGCAGUUCAGUGGUACCCUGGUGAUCAAGAGAAGCAGCAUCCUUCAGCAUCUUGGCUCAAAAUCAUUUGGAAGCAUCUCUACAUUAACUUUCCAGAUGAUCUCAGUGUCUUUGAAGAUCUGCCUUUGAUUCCAAAUGUGCCACUGACUGACACCCUCGAUACUCUAGAGCUGCUACGACUAAAAACUCCAUCACCAAUCAUUCUUGUAAAUGAGGAAGAGGGUCCUCUGUCAGAUGACUUGCUUGAAGUUCUGAAGAAACUUGGUUGUGUUAUCUUGAAGCAACUUGAUCCCUGCUUGCACCAUCCACUCCUGAAAAAUUACCUUCACCACUCAUCACCAAGCACCCUACUGCAAAUUAUGGACAAAUCUUCAUCCCAGAGAUUAGCAAGCCAAGUUGCAUCUUUCCCUGUCAAACAGAAGGUUGCCCUCAGAAGCUUUUUAGCUGGUCUUACUGAUGUUACAGAGAAAGAAAAACGCAUAAUUCAAGAGCUACCCAUCUUUGACAAAGUUGGACAGAAGUCAAAGACAGACCCUUCACUUUUUACAUUAUUGAAAGGAGCCAGAGCAUUACACCAUACUGCCAAGCAUCCAUUAGAUGUGAAAAUGUCCAUAAAUGUAGUUGACUGCAGUGAUGAGGCAACCAUCCGUCUUAUAAAGCUGUUGAACAUUGAACAGGUGAGAAGCACUGAAUGUCUGAAGGUGAUAAUUCAGGACAUUGAGAAAGGAUUCUACACCAAAGAAGAAGUCACAAAAAUCAUGCUCUGGGCUCUUACUCAUUUGUCUUUUCUGAAGAAUGAAAACAAGGCAGUAAUUAGUUGGCUUUCUUCACUGAAGUUUAUUUAUACCACUUCAGAAAAUCUGCAUUCACCAACAGACUUUUUUGAUCCAGAGUUAGAGAUUUUGCAGAACCUUUUCUUCAUGGAAGAAAAUACAAGGUUUCCCCCAGAUGACUAUACAUCAUCUCCUGAUGUCCUUCAUUCACUGAGACAACUGGGGCUGAAAAAUGAGGUUCAACUCAGUGAAAACGAUGUGCUCCAGGUUGCCAGAAAAAUUGAAGAGUUGCAAGGGAAUAGCAAACCAGAUUGGAAUCCCAUUUUAAUGAAAGCAAAAACACUUCUUACUGUCCUUAACAAACAGACAAAGUUGGUGAAGUCCUCUGAGGUUCAGACUAACCUGCAAAAAUUUAAAUGGGUACCCGUUUGCAAAGACAGACCGUUGAAUUACCCGAAGUCACUUGCUUGGAGAGGUGAUUCUUGCAAUAUCUCCUCUCUUUCUGAAAUGUGUGAUAUUUCUCAUGCUGUGCUUGUUGGCUCUUCGGUUGCCCUAGUGGAACGUACCUCAGCUGGCAUGAAAAAAGCCCUAAAGUUGUCAUUAGAGCCUCAGGUUGAUCAAGUGCUCCAGCAUUUGAAAGCAGUAAAUGACUGGCACAGAUCCCAAGCAUUUACCACUGAGGACUGGUAUCAGUUUCAGCAGAUCUUGUUCGAGAUAUAUGAAUUCAUGCAAGCUCAUUUGGAGGAUGCAAGGGAAGCCGUGAAGUCUCUGCCCUUUGAUUGGGUUUGGACAGGGAAAACCUUUGCUUCCCCUGGACGCACAGUUUUAAAGCCCAUACCAGAUUUGGACCUCCAGCCUUACUUGUACUCAUUACCAAAGACCAUUGCAAAAUUCAACAAGCUUUUUAAAUUCUGUGGCUCUAUUGAAGUUGUUGUUGCCAGUCAUGUGUUUGAAGUUGUCGAAACAAUCAGGCAACGGAGUGAGCAGGAGAUGACAAAAGAAGAAAGCAAACGCAAUGUCCUACUCCUAAUAAAUAUUUUACGGUGGCUAUACAGCAGCCAAAUAUCUGUAGAUGCUACCAUGCAUGUCCCCAUUCUUUACCACAAAGAUCCAAGCAAACUGGUUAUGAAACCUAUCCAUGAAUGCACUUACUGUGACAUCAAAGUAGAGGAUCUGAAUGACUUACUAGAUGAUGUUUCAGAGCCCAUCAUCCUUGUCCAUGAUGACAUUCCAAUGAAAACUGCUGAAUGGUUGAGAGUUCCAUGUUUGAGCACGAGAUUGAUAAACCCAGAAAACCUUGGGUUCGAACAGUCAGGCCAAAGGGAGCCUCUAACUGUGAGAAUAAAGAACAUUCUAGAAGAGUAUCCUUCAGUUGCGGAUAUCUUCAAAGAGCUUUUGCAGAAUGCUGAUGAUGCAAAUGCUACUGAGUGUAGUUUUCUGAUUGACAUGCGAAAGAAUCUUGAAAUCAGAGAGAAUCUGCUUGACCCUGGCAUGAUUAUUUGUCAUGGCCCAGCUUUGUGGUCCUUCAAUAAUUCUGUUUUCUCUGAUACAGACUUCCUUAAUAUUACCAGGCUGGGUGGAUCCAUGAAAAGAUGUGAAGCUGACAAAGUGGGCAAAUUUGGUCUAGGGUUUAACUCUGUUUAUCAUGUGACUGACAUGCCCAUUAUCAUGAGUAGAGAAUUCAUGAUCAUGUUUGAUCCCAACAUCAAUCACAUUGGCAAACACAUCAGAGACAAGUCAAAUCCCGGCAUUAAAAUAAAUUGGAGCAAACAGCAGAAACGCCUACGGAAGUUUCCCAAUCAGUUCAAGCCUUUCAUCAAUGUGUUUAACUGUCAGCUUCCUCUGUCACUGGAGUCCCCUUACAAGUAUGAUGGGACCCUCUUCAGACUUCCUUUUAGAACUGAGCAAGAGGCAUCUGUAAGUGAAAUCAGCAGCAUUUACUACAAUACCACUGAUAUCUACUCUCUUGUGGAUGAAUUUAGCAUCUGUGGUCACCGGCUCAUUCUCUUCACACAACAUGUUGGAACAAUGGUCUUGAAGUGUUUGAAAUGUGAGGAACAGAACCCUGCUGCUGCACAGGAUGUGGUCACAAUAAACAAGAGUGUGUGGUCCUCCAAAGCAGCUUAUGGUCCCUUAAGUAUUCUGAAAUCUGCUGCCAAAGUCAUGAAAAAAGUUGCAGCCACCAACAGAGUGCCAGCUGAAGUCCCUAAGUCUGGUUGCAUCAUCAGAAUUGUAGUGGAGGAGUUCCACAAUGUCUUCAGACGCAUUGUUGAUCUUCAUUCCCCACUAUUCAGAGGUUCUGAAGAAGAUCCAUCAUCCUACUUUGAGAUGGCUGCUAAAGGCACACAAACUAAAAGACUUACAGAUGACAUGCCACAGAAGGGAGUGGAAAAUACAAACUGGCUUAUCUGCUCAUGCAUGGAUGUGACCGAAGCUCUGAAGUUCUCCUUGAGUGAUAGUGGAAAACGCCUCGGCCUGGUACCAUGUGGAGGUGUAGCUGUGCUGCUCUCUGAAGAAGAGAAUAGAAAAUGGACUGUAAAGACAAGUGCCACACCAAUUGGGGAAGUUUUCUGCUACUUACCCCUUCGAAUCAAAACUGGCUUACCUGUGCACAUAAAUGGUUGCUUUGCUGUCACAUCAAAUCGCAAAGAGAUAUGGAAGACAGACACAAAAGGACAAUGGAACUCCAUUUUUAUGAGACAUGUGAUUGUCCAAGCAUACUUGGCUGCACUUAACAUGCUGAGGUCAAUGGCAGAAAGUGGGGAAUUAUUGGACUACAGCUAUUAUGCAGCCUGGCCUGACCCUGGAGUUGUCCAUGAUGAUUUCAGUCUGAUUUGUCAAGGGGUUUAUCAAGAAAUAGCUAAAGGUGUUGAUGAUGAACGUGCAAAAGUCUUUUCUGAUGGAAAGUCUUGGGUGUCAAUCAAGAAUGUCCGUUUUUUGGAUGACUCGUUGCUUUGCAGACCAGACAUUGGGCCUGCUGCCUUCAAGAUAUUCUUGAAAUACCUCAGAAAGUGUGGUUCCCAAGAUCUUUGUGCUGUUGAGCUUCCAGACUGGGUCAAGGAAGGCUUCGAUGAAGCUGGCUGUAAAGGAAAAUUGAUGGAGAACACCCUUACAGAGACACAGUUUUUCUCAGAUGUGUUCUUCCCCCAUAUCCAAGACAUUGAUAAGGAUCUACGUGACCCUCUGAUGUAUUAUGUACUCAAUGAAAAACUUGAGGAUUUUGCAUCCAUACUGAGGGAAACCCCAUGUAUUCCAUGUUCAGGGCCAUCACAGAAGCUUGUGUUGCCAUCUCGACUCAUACAUCCUGAGGGCAGGGUAGCCAAACUGUACAACAGUGAAGAUGGAAGGUUCCCUGAAGGAAGUUUAAGAGACUAUGUCAAUCCAGUGUGCUUGGUGAAGUUAGUCCAGCUGGGUAUGGUCAAGGAUGACCUAUCUUGGGAAGACUUGAUUGAACGGGCCGAGUCUGUAUUGGCUCUAAAUGAAAAUGACCACACACUUGCAUGCCACAGGAGCAGUAUAAUACUCAGUCUCAUUGAUGAAAAACUAAAAAUGAGAGAUCCAGCAGAAAAUCAGUAUCUUGCCAAAUUACAAAAUAUUAAAUUCCUUCCAUUCUUGACAAAACCAGCUGGAUUUUCACUUCCAUGGCAUGGAAACAAUUUCCCCCAAUCUACCAUGUUCUCGGCAAAAGAGCUUUUUACAACAGACCAUCAGGACACUGUGUGUUUAAUGAAGCCCAUUCUCAAUGAAAAUUCCCCUUCUUUUAAAGGAUGUGGUCCAGUCUCACUGGCUGUGAAAGACUUUCUUGGAUUGAUAAAAAAGCCAACGGUUUCAUUAGUCAUCAGCCAACUGAAAGAGCUCUCAAAAUCCUUUGAUGGUGUAACUCUGUAUCAAGAGAACAUAACAAAUGCUUGCUACAAAUAUCUCCAUGAGGAACUGCUGCAGUCCAAUGCUGCACAAGAGGAAAUCAUGGAGGAGCUAAAAACAUUCUCUUCAAUUCUAGUGGAGAACACAUACGUGGAACCAUCAAAAGUAGCAUUUCACUUAAACUUUGAUGCUGCUCCAUUCCUUUACCAGCUUCCCAACAAGUACAGAAAUAGCUGUCGUGAACUUUUUGAAAAUGUGGGAGUUCAACCUAGCUUCACUGUUGAAACAUUUGCAGCAGUAUUACAGCUGAUAAAAACUGAAUGUGGAAGAAAACCUCUUACUGAAGAAAACUUUCAGCUGUCUCGUAGAAUAAUCAGUGAGGGAAUAUGGAGCUUGAUCCGAGACAAAAAUCAAGAAUUCUGCCAAAGGAACUAUGGGGAAAUGCUUCUUCCUGACAGCAAUUUCACACUACAACCAUCAAAAUCACUUUGCUAUAAUGACUGUCCUUGGAUUAAAGUCAGGGACACAACCGUUAAAUACUGCCAUGGUGAUAUUCCAAGAGAGGUGGCAGUAAAAUUGGGAACAGUUCCAAAACGUCACAAAGCCUUAGAAAGAUAUGCUUCUAAUGUUUGCUUCACUACUCUUGGAAGUGAGUUUGGGCAAAAGGAGAAGCUCACCAGCAGAAUUAAAAGUAUCCUCAAUGCUUAUCCAUCAGAAAAGGAGAUGUUGAAAGAGCUCCUUCAGAAUGCAGAUGAUGCAAAAGCUACAGAAAUAUACUUUGUCUUUGAUCCGAGGACCCACCCAACUGAAAGAAUCUUUGAUGACAAAUGGGUUCCCAUGCAAGGCCCAUCACUCUGUGUAUACAACAAUCAGCCUUUUACAGAGGAUGAUAUUAGGGGGAUCCAGAAUCUUGGAAGGGGCACCAAAGAGGCAAACCCUGGAAAAACUGGCCAAUAUGGCAUUGGGUUUAACUCAGUGUAUCACAUUACUGACUGCCCAUCUUUUAUCUCAAAUAAUGACAUUCUCUGCAUCUUUGAUCCACAUGCCAGUUAUGCUCCUGGAGCAACAUCUGUUAGUCCAGGAAGAAUGUUUCGAGAUUUGGAUUCAGACUUCAGAUCACAGUUUUCUGAUGUGCUCAACUUAUACCUAGGAAAUCACUUCAAGCUGGAACGCAGCACAAUGUUCAGAUUUCCCAUACGAAAUGCAGAAAUGGCCAAAUUCUCAGAGAUCAGCUCAGCACCGGCUUCAGACAGAAUGGUUCAAAAUUUCCUUGAUAAAAUACGAAUGGAUGGUGCAGAACUUCUCAUGUUUUUGAAUCACAUGGAGAAAAUUUCUAUUUGUGAAAUUGAAAAUGGAACUGGCGAUUUAAAAACUCUAUAUUCAGUGACAGCAAAAAUCACAGAUGGUGAUAGACUAAAACGGAAGCAGUUUCAUGCCUCAGUUCUAGACAGUGUUUGUAAGAAAAAACAGCUGGCUCAAAUUCCAGUACAACAGAUUACCUACACAAUGGACAUAGAAGACACAGAUGGUAAUUCUACUACCUGGCUGAUAUGUAACAGAUCUGGAUUUUCUGACAUGGAGAAGGUCUCUAAGAGUGUCAUUUCGGCUCACAAAAAUGAGGACAUAACACUCUUUCCACGUGGUGGUGUUGCUGCAUGCACCAGCCACAACUACAAAAAACCACAUAGAGCCUUCUGUUUCCUCCCUCUUUCUCUGGAGACUGGCCUGCCUUUCCAUGUGAAUGGCCAUUUUGCUUUAGACUCUGCCAGAAGAAAUCUGUGGAGGGAUGACAAUGGAGUUGGUGUAAGGAGUGACUGGAACAUCAAUCUAAUGAAAAGGCUAAUCGCUCCUGCUUGUGUAGAACUGCUAAUUCAACUGAAACGUCAGCUUUUUCAAGGCCCUGACCCAACCAUGACAAUAUUUCAAGGAACUCCAAUCCAUGUUGUCAGGGAUAUUUUGAGAACAUUUUUGUCUAUCUUUCCUGUAAACAGACUGGACAUUCAACCAGAUUGGUAUUGUUUGGUAAAGGCAAUUUACCUUUGCAUUCAUGAAGAUUUGAAAAGACUACUCCCUGUUUUUAGAGCACCCCACAUUGAUAACAGUGAUAUACACUCUGCAAUAUACAUCUCCUGGGUGAACACAUCCACCUCGAGCAAAGGCCGGGCUUUCUUUGACAACUUACUUCAGGAUGAGUUGCAGCAUCUUAAAAACACAGAGUAUAACAUUACCACAAGAAAAUCUGUAGCAGAAAAUGUUUUUAGAAUGAAAUCCAUGCUCCUAGACGUUGGCUUCAAUUUAAUCUACAGCUGUGAUGAGACGGCCAGUCUGUAUUUCUGCCUGGAAGAUGCUGGGAUUCCAGUCAACUAUGUGACUCCUGAGGAUGUUCGCAACUUUCUUCUGACAUUCUCAUCUCCAGACACAUCGUGCCAAGUUGGAAAGCUACCAUGUCGACUCCAGCAGUCCAAUUUCAAGCUCUUCCAUGGUCUGAAACUACUUGUCGACUACUGCUUCAAAGAUGUGGAGGAAAAUGAUAUUAAUAUAGAGGGACUGCCACUUCUGUUGACAAUGGACAACAUUCUGCAAGUAUUUGACUCCAGACAUCCAAAGUUCCUGACCACUCAUCAUGAGCUUGUUCCAUCAAGGAAAGAGCUUUUCAUGCACACACUAUACAUAAGGUACAGUAACAUUCUUCUAAAAGCAGAUGUGGCAAAGACCUUUGACAUAAGCAGUUUUGGAGAUCUCCUGGGAUCUGUACUUCCUAGAGAGUGCAGAACAAGAAACUCAGUAAAAUGGAAGGAGAGCUGUCCUACUGAAUCUUGGCUUAAGAGUGCAUGGCACUUUAUCAGUGAACAACUUGCAACCAAGGAUGACCAGACCGAGAACAAGCCUAAAUUUGAGACCAUUCUGGAUAUAUUGAAAGAUUGGGCACUACUUCCAGGAAUCAAAUUUAUGGUGUCAGGAAACAAAUUGGUUGUGCCAGAGCAUGACGUUUUGUUACCCCUGAGCUUGAUCUUUGCUGCAAUCUUUCCAAAUGGACAAAAUGACAAAGUCUUUCACACCCUCAUGAAGGGAGGAUGCUUUCAAUUGGCUGUGAAUAAAACAUGUGCCAAAGAGAGUCCCAUCUUGCCUCUAUUGGCUCAGCACACAGCAAAUAUAGACAAUCCUUCCAGCAUACUUCGGGCACUUGAGUACAUGAUCCAGAUAUCAGCUUUCAAAACGGCAAGUUUGACAGACAAAGACUUUGAAGCACUGUUGUUGUACUUCAACUGCAAUUUGGCUAAUCUGGCCCAGGAUGAUGUAAAAUGUCUUAAACUGUUGCCAUGUUACAAAGCUGUCAGUGGGCGGUACAUCUGCAUUUCAAACUUUGGAGCAUGCUAUGUUCUAACAAAAAGUAUUCCUUCUGCCGACAUUGAAAAGUGGGCACACAAUACAUCCUCAGCUUUUCUCGUUGACAGUCCACAGCUGAAAGAGCUCUACAGCUUUCUUGGGGUCACACCAAUUGAUGAUCUUGAGGUCUACCUGAAUCAUUUAAUUCCAAAAUUUGACAUUUUAUCACAUGAUGCCAAAAUCCAACAUGUCAUCUAUCUGAAGGAGAGGUUAUUAGCAAUGGAGGAGCCAAACAGCAUCAAGGAUCAGCUCUUAGAAAAACUUGAGGGUCUGUCUUUCAUUCAUGACUCCACCAAUAGACUUAAACCUGCCAAAGCCUUCUUUGAUCAAACAGUUAAAGUGUUUGAAGUAAUGCUUCCACAAAAAGCCUUCAUUCCCAAUGAUUUCUUCAAAAAAAUCGAGCAGGUCUUGAAGCCAAAAAGUGGGACAUCCUAUUUAACCUCAUGGAUAACAUUCCUACGCAAUAUUGGGUUAAAAUUUGUUGUGUCACAACAGCAAGUUCUACAGUUUGCAAAAGAGAUCAGCAUCAAAGCUCAUACGGAGAACUGGUCCAAAGAAAAAGUUCAGACAAUUGUUGAUGUUCUCCUAAAUCACAUUUUCAAUGAGAGAACAGAUCUGUUUGAUGGGGCAUUCCUCAAAGAACUCUCUAUGAUAUCAUUCCUAUCCCCAGAACGUGCACCAGCUGAACUUGUUCGCCUCCACUCUCAGUACCAAGAAAUGAAUGGCACCAUCCCUUUAAUUCGCUUCAGUGGUUCUCAGGUAAAUCCAAAGUUCAAACAAACUGAUAUUAUGCAGUUGUUGUGGACAUCUUGUCCUAUUCUACCGGAGAGAGCCACCCCAACAAGCAUAAAAGACCAGGAAGGAAACAUACUUGCCAGCCAAGAGCAACUUGAUCUUAUUUUGAGCCUGUUAAAUGUCAAUGUGGACCCACCAUUGGAAAAGGUGAUUAGCAAUUGCAAAAACAUAUGUAGCAUUACUAACUUGGAUGAUGACACAGUGAAAACACGAAACAAGGCUUUGAGGAGCAUUUAUGAAUUUCUGAAUGCAGAAAAACAUGAAUUCCGCUGUCAGUUACGAGGAGUAGCCUUCGUCAUGGUUGAAGAGGGUUGGAAACUCCUUAAACCAGAGGAGGUUGUCAUUAAUUUGGACAAUGAAUCUGACUUCAAACCCUACUUGUACAAACUUCCCCUUGAGCUGGGUACAUUUCACCAACUGUUCAAACUGUUGGGAACUGAGGACAUUGUUUCAACAAAACAAUAUGUUGAAGUUUUGUGUCGAAUUUAUAGAAUUUCAGAAGGCAAACAGCUUGACCCAAAUGAAAUGAGAACAGUGAAAAGAACGGUCUCUGGGCUAUUCAAAAAUCUCCAGAAUGAUCCAGUCCAGGUCCGUAAAGACCUUGAGAAUCUCAGAGAUUUGACAUUUUACCUUCCAAGUCAUGAUGGACGAUUGGCCAAAUCAAACACAUUGGUCUUUGAUGAUGCACCACACUACAAGAGCCGAAUCCAGGGUAAUGUUGGUGUUCAGAUGCUAGUUGACAUGAGCCAGUGUUACCUAGGUAAAGACCAUGCCUUUCACACAAAACUGAUCAUGUUGCUUCCCCAGAAACUAAGGCCCAGGCUUCUGAGUAAUAUCUUGGAGGAACAACUAGAUGAAGACUCUCCAAAAAUGUGCCAAUUUGGUGCCCUUUGCUCCCUGCAGGGACGGCUUCAAUUGCUUUUGUCAUCAGAGCAGUUUAUCACUGGAUUAAUUAGGAUCAUGAAACAUGAGAAUGAGAAUGCAUACAUGGUGAAUGAGGAGAAAGCAAUACGGUUAUGCAAAGCACUGUGUGAGGGUUUAAAGGUGUCUUGCUUUGAGAAACUACAGACAACAUUGCGAGUCAAAGGCUGCAGUCCGAUUCCCCACAGCCGUAGUGAAACUCUUGCCUUUCUUAAAAGGUAUGGAACUGCUGUUAUCCAUCUCUACAUUCAACACUCUGACAGCAAAGACAUUAAUUUUCUUCUUGCUUUAGCGAUGACCCUUAAGUCAGCAACAGACAACCUGAUUUCUGACACUUCCUAUCUUAUUGCUAUGCUGGGUUGCAAUGACAUCUACAGAAUAACUGAGAAGCUAGACAACCUUGGUGUCAAGUAUGACACAACUGAGCCCUCAAAGCUAGAGCUUCCACUUCCUGGUACACCCAUUCCUGCAGAGAUUCAUCAUUUACUGCUCAUGGACCCCAUGAAUGUCUUUUACCCUGGAGAAUAUGUUGGUUACUUGGUAGAUUCAGAGGGAGGUGAUAUGUUAGGAACUUACCAGCCAACUUACACAUAUGCUAUCAUCGUUCAAGAAGUAGAACGAGAGGAAGAUGAAAGUCCAAGUGUUCUCGGCAAGUGCUUUCAAAUUGACAUUGGGUACAGUGAGUACAAAAUUGUGAGUUCUCUUGAUCUAUAUAAAUUUUCCAGACAGGAUGAUAGCAACCAUAUUCGAGAUGGCACACCAACUCCAACAAGCCCCUCAGAGAGUCGGUCUCCUUCUGCCAGAAUGGUCCCACCAGUAUUUCCUGGAAAGGAAAAUCACAGGGCUCCUCCAACAAAUGCAUCCCCAAAAAAGAUCAAACUCAAUGCAUUACCAGAAAUUCUAAAAGAAGUUACGUCGGUCAUAGAACAAGCUUGGAAACUUUCUGAAACUGAACGCAAGAAAAUCAUACGCCGCUUAUACUUAAAGUGGCACCCUGACAAAAAUGCAGAGAAUCUAGAUAUUGCUACCGAAGUCUUUAAGCACCUACAAAAUGAGAUCAGCAGGAUGGAGAAGCAAACACAUGCAGAGCAGACCACUGAUAGAGGAUCAAGGAGACCUUUCUCGGCAUCUUCCGCUCGAUUCCAGUCAGAGAAAUUCUCAUUUCAGCGAUUUUACACGUCAUGGAACCAAGAAGCAACAAGCCAUAAAUCGGAAAAGCAGCAGUUCCGAGAACAGUUUACUAGCUAUGCAGGCACAUCGCAUUCAAAUCGCUUCUUUGUACCACCAUCGUUUAAGUCUGUUGGGAACCCUGUGGAGGCACGGCGGUGGCUAAGGCAAGCAAGGGCCAAUUUUUCAGCUGCAAGAAAUGACCUUCAUAAAAAUGCCAAUGAAUGGGUAUGUUUCAAAUGCUACUUGGCAACAAAGCUUGCAUUAAUCGCAGCAGAUUAUGCAGUGAGAGGAAAAUCAGACAAAGAUGUGAAGCCCACAGCACUUGCACAAAAGGUAGAGGAGUACAACACCCAGCUAAAAGGGUUGGCCAAGGAUGUACACAUCCUGGAGGGUUAUGGUGUGGACAGCCUGAGAACUCGCUACCCUGACCUUUUACCCUUCCCCCAGAUUCCUAAUGACAGAUAUACUUCAGAAGUAGCAAUGCGAGUAAUGGAAUGCACAGCUCGGAUAAUCAUCAAACUUGAGACAUUUGUCCAGCAAAAAAUCUGAAUGUCAGCAUUAGACAAUGCAAAACACUAACAAUUGAAUUAACAAAGCAGUUGUUGUGCAAUACAUACCAGUAAAUAUUUUAAAAGACUUGUUAAAGGUAAAAUGAUGUAUCUCGCUGGCAUUUUAUUUCAACCUCUGAUGCUGUGAUGCUUAUUAUUGCAUACAUAUCUGCUCCACUUCUUUGAAAAGUUGCCUGUGCUAUUUAACAUGCAGCAGUGUACAUAAUGUUAAAAAAUGUAGCAAUACCUUUUAUUUUAAAUACACUUAUUGAUUAUUGUUGUUCCUUUGUACAUAAUGAAUACCAAUGCUACUUUUUUUUAUUUUUAUCUUUUUUAGAAAUGCCAUAGUCAUUAAGUUGACGGUAUUGUGAAUUAAUAGCAUGAGUUUUGCUGCACUUUUAUGUAAAUAGCACUUGAGUGAUUGCAGAAAUUUUUUUAAUGAUUAAAUAAUGUGCAAUUCAGCAAUGACUGUGGGAUGUAUAUCAGUCAUGUGCAAGUAGCUCAUUCUGAAAUCAAAACGUGUUCAUACACCGUUUUAUCAGCUGGCAAAUCCAUAAUUGACAUGGUCCAUUCACUGUAUACAGUAUGUAACACUGUGCAUAACCUGAACAUUAAACAGUGAAAAAAAAAUAUUUGAAAGACUUUGAAUUACAUCUUGAAGAUGUAAUAUGACAGCAGUUUCAUAAGUGUUUACCAGUGUAUUUACUGUACCGGUCUGGUUGCAAGAUUACAGUAUGCAAGAAUGAAAUUUAUUCCAUAUUUUACAAUCAGCUUUAUUGCAACUGAACUUUACAUGUAUACAUUGUUGGCUCGAGGCUUAUCAGAGCACUUUUUAUUUCCCAUAUAAGGAUACUGGUGGGUGUAGUUUUAGCAUAAAAUACUAUUUAAGAAUUUUAAAUGUAAAAAUAUAACAAGUGAAAUUUUCUCUUGAAAUUUCACCUGUUAGUUAAUUGCUGUGUACACAUCAUACAACAUGCAUAGUUCCUCAGAAACUCAUUAAGUAUGAAUUUUCUAUUAUUCACUACAGGAACCUCUCGUCCACUACUGCUGAGAUUUCUUAGCAUGAAGUUCUCUGAAAUUUGUGUAACAGGAACAUAGAUACUCAUAUGGUGCUCAAUGUUAAUGUUCUUUCAUCUGUUUCCUUUGUUUAACUGCGAGAGACUGAAAUUAAACACUUGCUACUGUACUGUUUGGACAAA